AUGCAGCCCAGCCGUACCCAGCGCGCACCGGGCUCAUUCUCGCCCUUGCCGGGCAGCGUCUCCCUGUCCUCGUCGGCAGCAGUAGCCGCCGCCGCAGCAUCGUCAUCAUCAUCCAGCAACAAUGCACGCCUAGAUGAUGCCGGCCCCCCACCGCCUCUGCGACCCGCCCCCCAACCUUACCAGACCACCUCUUCCUCACAGUUCUCCUCCUCCUCCUCCAGACCCUUGAUCCGUCGAAUCGAGUCCUCGAGCAGCGAAGGCGACAAUGCGACGACGUCACAGAUCUCCCUCCCCAAAAUCCGGAGCCCUCAGUCCCCCGUGAGCACGGGGGGCGGUGGCGGCAUCACGAGUCCCACGAGCGCCUAUGCGAGCUUCACGCAGCUCUCUAACAACAGCUCCAGCAGCCUGCACAACUUCUCCCGCCCAGGCAUGCGCUCCAACCAGAGCACCUACGAGAGCAGCGCCAGCAGCGCGCGCACGGCGAGCCCGUUGCCGCCGAGGGGGGGGCUAGGUCUCCAUGCGAGGAAGCAUUCACAAAGCCAGGGCCUGUUCGAUACAAGCUUGGGCAGUAAGAGCAUGGCGGAGCGGAGGGGCAGUGGCAGCAUUCGGUCCCCCUCGGGUGUCUUACCCGCGAGCCAUAUUGCCGCCCAGGCCGCGGUCCAGCAACACCAGCAGCACAGCCGGCAUCGAUCUCAGACUGUGCCGUUCCCGGGGAGCGAGGCGCAAGAUCUGAGGCGACCUGCGGCGAGACCGGUACAGGGAGGAGGAUCCGAGGCCGGCGGCAGCAGCCGCGGACCUCUCAGUCCACCAGUACUCAGUCUCACAGAAGCCAGCGUUCCCCGAGAUGGCGGUGCUCUGCUGGGUCCAACGAGAAGCAACGAACAGGCAUACCAAAAUGCGUUGCUGGGAGGGUAUUCAUCGGCUGCCACGGCUGCGGCGAACAUGGUCUUUCCGAGAGCAUCACCACAGUCUUCACCGAGCAUACCGACGCCAGAUCAGGCACAUCAAUCCUCGUCGUUCUUGCCGCCAUUAUCUAUACCAGAGAAGCCGGCUAAGGCCGAAAAAUCCAAAGUCAAGCUCUUCUCGCGACCAAAGAAGAUCGACAUCAAGGGCGAGUCGAAAGAGAAGCCGCUCCCGAGUCCGGGCAAGAUUGGCUCGGCUCUGGCAUCACUACAGAGAGGGAACUUCAGCACGGCAAGUCUUGUGGAGAGCCAGUCCAUGUACAGCUUGGCCAACUCCUCUUCCGCCACUAUACGACCUAUCGAGACGCCCUUAGAAGGACCAGCUGCCAAAGAGAAGGAGAAGAAGCACCACUUUCUGUCUAGGCAAAAACACAAGAUCUCUGGCAAGGAGGACUACCACCUGCCUCUAUCCUCCGCGGCCAGCAAUAGCCGUCCAGUCGACCCCAACGCGCCAAGUAGUCUAUACAACUUCAACCUGCCACCCUCCAGCCCUGGGCCAACGAGCACUAGUUUCAGCAAGUCUGUCUCCGGGCUCGAUCUUCGACAUGGUGGGCGGGCUCUGCGCGACAAGCGGAAGGAGGAGAAACUCGUCAUGGCGCAUGACAACGAAUCUGUCUUCACCCUGAACCCUCCCACCAGCAACUCGGAAUGGCCCGGCCCCAGCUCGCUGGGCUCCAGUCUCACACAGACACAGAGCAAUCAUACGCUUGCCAUGUACGAUCCUGUGGAUGGUUCCAAGUAUGGACUGCACAACAUGACGCUUGACGACGCAUGGCCCUACCUCAAGGCGAAGCUGCUCGUCGUUUUCGAGGGCGAGGAUUUGAGGUUGCCGAUCGAGGACUUCAACCGGGUCGUCACUCUGCACAUUCAGUGGUGCAUCAAGCGGAACGCGCCCAAUAUCAUUCUUGAAGACUUGCGAGAGUUGCUGUCUACCGGAUUCGCGAGUCUCGAUCAUACACUUCGCAAGAGCGGUACCGAGGAUACGAACCGACUCAUCCCCGCACUCGUCGAUGUCUGGAUGGCCACGUUCACGAGUAUCCUGCCCUACAUGCAGGCCGUCUUCUUGCCUCUCGACCUCGAGUUCUCCGGCACCGGCCCCCUCCUGACGGCAGAGCAGGCCCGUGAUUUCUGGGGCGGCGUGGCGGGCAGUCACGGCACGCCGGCGAAAGAGCUGGGGUCCGUCCUAGACAUCAGGAGACUGGUCAUCAUCGCCUUUCGGGACGCCCUGAUCCUGCCUCGCUACGACAAGCUAAAAACCAUCUUCUCGCGCCUCAGCCUCGAGCACCUCCCCUCCAGCCUGGCCAGCCUGGCCCUAGCGAGCCCGCCUCCCAUCAGCGAGGGCGUCAUGUCGAGCUCCCCGCGCGACGCCGCCUCGGUCCUCGACAUGCAGAUGCGCCCCGGCACCGCCAUGUCCCUCGACCCCUCGAUCGCCUCCUACAACAGCUCCAGCAGCACCCUGCUCAACGACGGCGCCGGCAGCGGCAGCGGUGGCAACGGCAGCAACCCCUCGCGCAGCCGCGCCAUCUCCAACGUCAGCUUCGGCUCCGCCGGCUCCGGCACCGACCACCUCCUUCGGCCCUUCGUGUCGAGGGGCCGCGCCGACUCGGACAGGGAGCGGAACAAUCGCGAUCGCGAUCGCGACCAGGAGGCCGAGAUGGGAUCCAAACAGGUCACGGACAUGGUCGGCCGCAUGCUGCAGUGCAUGUCCGUUCUCGCGUCCGUGGCCAGCCGCGACGAGGAUACCGGGAGGGAGGACGCCGGGUCCAGGCAGGUCGCGGAGCUGGGAAGGCUGCUGAAGCUCAACUGGCUGGGUCGCGGUCGCACAGGGCGCAACAGGAGGGGCAUGGUCGGUGGCAGGAUCAACCUGAAGAGGGAUAAGGAGGGAGAGACUCGAAGGCAACUCGGUAUGAUCAAUGGCGUUUAUGAAAACAAAGAGAUCGCAGGGCAUCUCAUGAAGUCGGUAACCGAGGGUACAUAG